UGUUGCUGCUGCAGCUGGAACGCAGACCCGCCGCCGAAGCCACCGUUCCUCCGCUGCUGAAACGUUCCGCGGGCGAGGUUGAACUUGCAAUACUGAUGUACAUGACCUUUCUCUCCACAGCAGCUGCAUUGGUGCUGCUGCUCGAGAGGAGGAGCAGCGGGAGGGCGUGGGCGUUCGUUGGGCACCAGCUGCUGCUGAUGCUGGUACCGGCUGUGCCCUGUAAGGAUGUGGUUGUGGCUGCUGCUCUGCUGCUGCACUCCUCUCGUCACCUGCUGCUGGUGUCCACCAUGCUUGGAGCCCCUCUGACCAGCGGCGGCGGCGGCGGCGGCGCCGGGAGCGGCAGUGCGUCUUACGAUGCGCUGUUUCAGGGACUUGUCGGCAGCGGCUGCAUCGCGGGGCUGGCCCUGCUGGAUGCCUCGCGAGGGCGGCCGCUGUACGAGAACCGACUUGACGACCGGUUGCCCCGCCCUCCUCCCGCCGCCGGCGCGGCAGCAGCAGCAGCAGCAGCAGCAGCAGCAGGAGCAGGAGCAGCAGCAGGGGAGGAUAACAAGAAUGACGGCAAGGAAGUAGUAGGCGCAAGAGGUGGAGGAGAAGGGCCCGGCCAGCGCGACGGGUUGGUAUCCUCUUCCGAAGGGCAGCGACUGGUGGCGGCCGUGAAAAGCUUGACGGAUGAUGAUGACGCCAUCUGCCGCAAGCAAGAAGAGCAGCCCCUGACGUGCAUGGGGGUACCGUUCCGCGUAUUCGGCGGGACCCCCCUCGGCAUCUACGCGGUCGGUCCGGGCAGGAGGGUCGGGUUGGUCGUUCGAGCCCUCCCUCGCGUCGGCUUCCUGGUUGUAGUCUACCGGCGGCCUCAUCUGCCUCAGCAGGUGGUGGGGGAAGUAGAGAAGUUCGUGGACGACUUCUGGGCAGGCACCCAAGGCCGCGCGGUUAGAUCGCCACUGCCACCACCACCAACACGGAGGUGAUGAUCACCACUAUUAUCGUCGUCGUCAUCGCUAAAGAGCGGGACGACUGGCGCUGCUGCUGCCGGUGCCUCCGUUGCUGCUGGCGGAGAAGGCAGUGCCGACUUCGUACGACCGGAGAGGGUCCUGCUGCUGCUUCUGCGGCAGCGACGUCUCGAGAUAGAUGAUGACGUUUGGUCGUGCCUAGACGUCAAGGCAUUGUUUGGUUUCGCCCAGAAGCGAUGAUUUUGCGUGGUGUGUGCGGGCGAGUAUGUAGCGAUCUCGAGGCAGCGGACGACGUGUGGCUCGUCUCCCGUGUGUGAAACGCUUGGUAAGCCGGGAUGCAAAAUCAACCCCAUGGCAUUUGGACUAUAUCUGGAUUGGCACAACACACGCAAGGAUGAUGACCGGCUUCUGGUUCAGCCCUGUGAAACAUCGACCGGGCCGGCGGAUACCCGGCACAUCGCUCCGUCCUGGCAUUGUAGGGAUGCGAGGUCUAUGGUCUAACGACUUCGGCAUGCGUUUUUAUCGUGAGUACGCCCCCGGGGUUUUCUUGUUACAGUCAGGAGAAUUCGAGAUGAAUUGGGAUCUGGUGGAUUCGAGACAGUCGGUGCCAACAAGCUGUCUGGUUGGUUGUUAUGUGUUGUGCGCCGUGUAAUUGAUCUUCUUAUUGUGCGUUUUGUAGUUGUUCUUGUUGUGAGUUGUGUGCUGUAGAAUGAGUGAUGAGUGUUGGGGACAACCGUCGUGACGGUGGUAGGUAGCAUACUCCGUACGCCCUCUUGCUCGUGUGGGUGUGCGGUAGAGGGGUGACGCAGUAGAGGGUGUGUCCGG